AUGAACGCCACAGAACUAAAUAAUCCCUAUCCUGCGAUAGAUAAGAGUCAAUGGCCAUCUCUUCUAGCAGACUAUGAAGGUGCAGAGCCUCUUCCGACUACGCUCAAUCCCGACGGAAAAUCCCUGUACAACCCACCCGGUCCCCGUUCGGCCGCCUACGAGGAAUUCCCGAAACCAAUUGAUCCGUCUAAGAAUGGUUUCGACUUCCACAUUUAUCACAUGCCCGGCGUGCCUGCUCAGGUGCAAUAUGCGAAAGAAUUGCAUGAGCGUAUACGGAGGGAGUUUCCAGAGCUGCAUAUCCAUAAAUUCUAUGAUAAAGCAGUCGGCCCCCACCCUACCGCGAUGUUCGAGGUAGAUACAUUCAACCCCCACCAGACUGGAGCAUUCUUUUCCUGGCUUGUAAUCCAUCGGGGGCCUUGCGACGUCCUCGUCCACCCGAAUAUUGGAGAUUUAUACAGAGAGCACACGGAGUUGGCGACGUGGAUGGGAAGGAGAUGGCCCUUGGAUGAUGAUCGUCUGAAGAAUAGGACGAAAAAGUUCACACAUUGA